UCAUACACUGGUGGAUGGAGCAGAGUUGGCUGCCCCUGCCCACCUCCACCGUCGUCUUCAACACCACCUAUCUCCCCAACAAGCGCGACGCGGAGAUCCGCCGCACCCUCACCGCCGAAGGCACCCUCCGGAAGAAGAGGGAGAUGGCGACGCAGCAGGGGAUCCAGGAGUCGUACUACAGGGACAUGGCCGUCAUGUUCGGCAAGUGGAAGUUCGACCCCAUGGCGCUGCCGGAGCCGCCGUGCCCGGUGCACCUGUGGCAGGGCGACGAGGACGGUCUCGUGCGUCCCGCGCCGUCCUCCGCUUCCGUGUCUCCGAGGCGCCGCGCCGACGGCAAGCUGCAAGUCUGCGCCGCGUGGUGGGCCUCGCUGGUGACGGCGACCAGGCGCGCCACGGCACGCGGGAAGGAGCCGUCGAAGUCCGACGCGUCCGCGAGGAGCAGCACCAGCGACCUGGCCCCCGACGGCGACGCGAGGCGCGGGCCGACGAAGUGAAGUCCGAGAGCCCUUGCGCGUGAGUGGCCCAUGGAGGGCGGGAGGCACGCGCGGAGGCACGGCCAUGCGAGCUCGCGUGCCGCUACGAGGGCGGGAGGCGCGGAGGCGUGGCCAUGCGAGCUCGGGAGGGCGGGCGGCGGUGUCCGGGCGGGCGAGACCUUCUUCUCCGCGGCUGCUCCGGGGAGAUGCGGGCGAGGCCGGUGACGGGAGACGAGUCCGGCUUGCCAGAGCGAGGAGCAGGGGAGAAAGGAGAGAGAGCAGAGGAGCGAGGCGGACAUGCAAAACAGAGCUUGUCUUUUUUGCAUGCAUCACAUGGUGGGCCAAGCCAGGAAAAGAAGGAGAGGCUGGCAGUGGCCCUUUGGCAGCAAAAGUAUCGCGCCGGCGCCCCCAGUUGCCUCCCGGUUUGCUGCGUUGCGCUUGCGCGUGCCGGCCGUAAUUUUAGACAAAUCCGGCGCUAUUUGAGGUCCUGGGAUCCCGACUGGGAGAAAAAUUAGCCACCGGCGUCCAAAAAAUGCUCGUGGGGGGCAUCCUAAGGGGCCGGCUGGAGAUGCCCUAAGGCGCAUGGCGGGCACAUGCGCCGGCGGGCACAUGCGCCGGCACACUGCCGAGGGCGAGGGCGAGGCCGAGGCCGAGGCCCACGAGCCGAGCGACAAGGAAUGUCUGGAUAAGUUGGGAAAACGGCAAAGAUACUCAUAACUAGAUCCUUGUUGUGUUAGAUUGGAAGAUAAUGAUGUCUCUAUUUCAAUUUCUUGAUUUAUGGUUUAAGAAAAAGGUUAAUACAUCAGUGGUGCCUAAAGUUGCCAUG